AUGCAGAACGACGCAGGUCAGGGUGCAUCCCACGCCACCGGCGACUCCAAGGUCCCAGACACCAUCCAGGACAAGGCCCCCAAGGGUCUCGAGGAGAGCCUCCCUAACUCGGUCCACGACACCGGCGACCAGGGUCGCAAGACGCACGCUCUCGGCGACGGCGAGGACAGCAAGGUUCCCAAGGCCAUCCAGAAGGCCGUCCCCGAGAAGCUCGAACGCGCCCUCCCCAACAAGAUCCACAAUACUGGCGACUAG